UGUUCCCUCCAGGAUUUAGUUUUACAAAUUGCUUCCUUUUCCUUUCAGGAUCUUUGUCUCCUUUGAAAUACUCUUAAGAGUAUCCAAGAACAAACAUUAUUUUCUGUGAUUAAAGUUUUAAACAACCAUACCUAUACAUAUAUAUAUACACUGUAUAUGUUUAUAUAUAUAUUGUGUGUGUAUAUACACAUUAUCUACAUAUGGGUGUAUGUAUGCAUGUACUCAUACAGCAUGUUUGCUUACCUGCAAUUAUAAUAUGUCAGAAAAAAAUAGUUAAAUAUAUUGGAGUAGUAGCAAAAUAACAGUGUUGUACUUCUGUUGCUAAGUGUAGAUGGACAGAUGUUACUGAGAGCACAAUUAAUAACUCUGCUCAUGUCCUUAAGCCAGAAAGAGUUAUAUUUAAUUCCUGAGAAGUUAUAUGGGAGAAAUUAAACCAGAAUUAAAGACUCCAGGAAAACAGAAAGCAUUUGGCUAGUCUUAAUAGAACAAGAACCCUAUCGUGUUAUCCAAAUAAACCCCUUGGAGACUUAGCCCAGGACACAAAGCUGUGUGCAGCAGUCCGAAACCACAGGGCAAGGAGACGUUAUUCAGGAAUUAGCUAAGCACCAACUGGGGCUGACUGGAUCACUCCUCCAGCAGCCCAAAGUGACCAUGAUUACCAGCUAGGCUCAGUUUUAUCGUAUGUCUCAUGGCUAUGUAAUUCAAGAAUGUGGUUGACCUGCACAAGCCAUACCUCAGAUCAAAUCCCAGUUGCUGUAAGGUGGUUAACUGGAGGGGUGGGUGUUCACAGACCUGCAGUGAGGAUGCUGGACACUGAUGAAGCAGUAGAGGAUGGUGGCUUUGUCAACCCUUUCUUAGUUUUGCUCCUCCCAGGUGUUCCAGAGAGCCCUAAAUGCAAGUGGUUUUCCCUCAUCUGUGGACAUAUCAGUUUCACUGGUGUUGGUGCAAUAUUGUGUUUCUCACUGUGCUACAAGGAGUGGAUUCUUAAAAGUUUUUCUCUAUCAAUUAGUAUUUCAGAGUGAAUUGCUUGUUACCUCAGUAUUUGCUCAGUAGGUUCAAGGCCAGAUGAUUUCUCAGUGUGUUUUGUUUGCGCAGGUAAGUCAGGCUGUACCUACUCGCACUGCAGAGCAAUUGCUUUGAGAUUUGUGACUUCAUGUGUACAGCACUGCAUCUCUCAGUGCCUGCCUGUGACGAGCAAAUAGAGUGAACCAGGCUUCAUUAAACUUUUGCAAAACAUGGGUGUAGAAUCAGUCAUAUGUGAUUCAGGAUGACUCAAUGUCCAUGCUAGCCUUCCUGUCAUGAUGUUGCUGUCCUAUGUAGCGAUUAAAUUAAUCAAUAAUAACUUUUUAAAGCAGUGGUUAGUUUAAAAGCCUAAGGAGAGCAUGACUGUUAAAAUAAUUAGAUUUCCAGCUCCAGUUUCCAGGUUAGGAUAUUAUGGACACAUUUGUUCCUAUCACAUUUGCUUUGUGGUUCAGUAUGAAUUUUCAAUAGAUGACUUUGCGAUAAGAAAGCAGCAAUUCAGAUGCAAUUAUAUAAACAGUAAGAUCAGCCUGGAAUUAGCCUGGAGAGUAUAAAGCACACACCGAGCUCGUGCUGGGUCACUGCCUCUCCCAGCUCAAGGCAGAAUCAGGUUCCUGUAAUAGGGAAGAAUUCAGCUGACGAGAGCAUGAGUCCCUUCUUUGUGAUGUCUCUCCUCUUUGGCCUGACUUUCGGUCAAACAGCAUCACUUUGUGCUCCUUCUGAGUACAUAAUCCACGUGGAGAAAAGGGAAUGUGCCUACUGCCUGGCCAUCAACACCACCAUCUGCGCUGGAUUUUGCAUGACUCGGGACAGCAAUGGCAAGAAGCUGCUACUCAGAAGUGCUCUGUCUCAGAACGUGUGCACAUAUAAAGAGAUGUUCUAUCAAACAGCACUGAUUCCGGGCUGUCCGCAUCACACAAUCCCUUACUACUCCUACCCUGUGGCUGUGAGCUGCAAGUGUGGUAAAUGUAACACUGAUUACAGUGACUGUGUCCAGGAGAAGGUCAGGACAAACUAUUGCACUAAACCACAGAAGCUCUGUAACAUGUAAGCCUCCAUCAGAAUGUGGUUGAAAUGUACCUCUCUGCUCACAACUAAACAUAAAUAAAAGUGUAUUUCAUAACAGGUUUGCAAA